AUGGGCACGAGCACACCGACAACAACCUCAACCAGCACACCGACAACAACCUCAACCAGCACACCGACAACAACCUCAACCAGCACACCGACAACAACCUCAUCCAGCACACCGACAACAACCUCAUCCAGCACACCGACAACAACCUCAUCCAGCACACCGACAACAACCUCAACCAGCACACCGACAACAACCUCAACCAGCUCACCAAUAUCAACCUCAACCAACACACCAACAUCAACCGCCAGCUCACCAAUAUCAACCUCAACCAACACACCAACAUCAACCGCAUCCAGCACACCGACAACAACCCCAACCAGCACACCAACAACAACCUCAACCAACACACCAACAACAACCUCAACCAGCACAGCAACAUCAACCUCAACCAACACACCAACAACAACCACAACCAGCACACCAACAUCAACCUCAACCCGCACACCAACAACAACCUCAACCCGCACACCACCAACAACCUCAACCAGCACACCACCAACAACCUCAACCAGCACACCAACAACAACCUCAACCAGCACACCAACACCAACCUCAACCAGCACAGAAACAACAUCCUUAACCAGCACACUAACAACUACCUUUUCCACGACACCAACAACAUCUUCAAUGAGCACAGCAACAACAACCUCAACCAACACCCCAGCAGCAACCCAGACAUUGACUAGCACCACAACAACAACCUCAACUGUUAACCCAAGUGCAUCCUCGUCCUCAACCAGCACCCUAAAAACAUCAACAAUAUCAACAAAUAUGCCAACAAGAUCAUCAGUGAGCUCCCGAGGAAGAAUCCCAACUAACGCUCCAUUGACAGCAAACUCAAUUUCAACUAGAAUCCCAACAAUCCCAGCAAACGCCCCAGUAACAACCUCAAACCACACACCAACAUCAACCUCAACCAGCACACCGACAUCAACCUCAACCAGCACACCAUCAACAACAUCAACCAGCACACCAACAACAACCUCAACCAGCACACCAACAUCAACCUCAGCCAGCUCACCAACAACAACCUCAACCAGCACACCAACAUCAACCUCAACCAGCACACCAACAACAACCUCAUCCAGCACACCAACAUCAACCUCAACCAGCUCACCAACAACAACAUCAACCAGCACAACAACAUCAACCUCAACCCGCUCACCAACAACAACCUCAACCAGCACACCACCAACAACCUCAACCAGCACACCAACAACAACCUCAACCAGCACACCAACAUCAACCUCCACACCAUCAACAACCUCAUCCAUCACACCGACAUCAACCUCAACCAGCACACCGACAUCAACCUCAACCAGCACACCAACAACAACCACAACCAGCACACCAACAUCAACCUCAACCAGCACACCAUCAACAACCUCAACCAGCACACCAUCAACAACCUCAACCAGCACACCAACAAGAAGCGCAACCAGCACACCAACAAGAAGCGCAACCAGCAGACCAACAACAACUUCAACCAGCACACCAACAUCAACCUCAACCAGCACACCAACAUCAACCUCAACCAGCUCACCAACAUCAACCUCAACCAGCUCACCAACAACAACCUCAACCAGCACACCAACAUCAACCUCAACCAGCACACCGACAACAACCUCAACAUCAAGUCAAAUCACAAGCAUCACCUCAACAAACACCACAACCAUCAUCGCAACUAUGUCCUUAACCUCCACUCCAUCCUCCACCCUAACUCCUACCUUUAGUCCCACUGUGUCUACGUCAGUCAGCACAUCCGAUGAUAUCAACGAGUGUCAGACUAGGAACAACACGUGCUCUGAUUUUGCUAUUUGUAGGAACACUCCGGGGAAUUUCUCAUGUAGCUGCUUCGAGGGGAUUAUAGAUACCAAUCCGGCAAACCCAGGAACACAGUGCAGAGAUCCUAACACAUGUUUCAUAAAUCAGAUAGAUAUCUGUGCAUUGUCUAACUGCUCGAUAAUGACAGUCAGCGAAUGCAACAGCCGAAGAGGAUUCAGAAUUAAGGCAACAUUGAGAUCCAGACAAUUCAGCGUUGAGCUAAAUAACCCUGGCACUGUAGCCUACAAGAACCUAUCAGCCGAAAUUACAGAUACAGUUGUACAAACGGUACAAAGUCAACUAAAUGAUAAAAGUUUUAAUAUCAGCAUUGUUGGUUUUCAAAAUGGGAGCGUGAUUGUGAAUUUCCUGGCUUUCCUAAGCCUCACCUCAAACGUCACCACUUCCGACCUACAAAGUGUAAUUGGAGAUGCAAUCAGAUCAGUCGAUAACCAGAGCUCCGUCAAUGUAACAGGUAGGCAUUCUGGCACUCGUGGAAAUAAAGAACUUGCAUUUACAUAA